AUGGCGGCUGCGCAGUGUAGCGACGGUCUGUUGAGGGGGAAGAUGCAAGUGGUUUUCUUCUUGGUUUCUGUAUGGUGCCUUGUCUCGCUAUCGUGCGCCGGGAGGCUGUCUUCUUCAAGACAGAAGCUUGAAGUUCAGAAGCACUUAAAGAGGCUCAAUAAGCCUCCUGUUAAAACCAUUAAGAGCCCAGAUGGGGAUAUCAUUGACUGUGUUCCCAUCUCUCAUCAGCCAGCUUUGGAUCACCCUUUCCUCAAAGACCACAAAAUCCAGGCAAGGCCUAGUUACCACCCGGAAGGCCUUUUCGAGUCGAACGAGAUGUCAGCAGGUCGUAAAGAAAGACCAAACACAAUCACUCAGCUAUGGCACAUGAAUGGCAGGUGCCCGGAUAACACUGUCCCGAUAAGAAGGACGACAAAAGAAGAUGUGUUGAGGGCAAGCUCCGUGAAAAGCUACGGCAAGAAGAAGCACAGAAGCUUCCUUAAGCCCAGGUCGGUCGAACCCGACUUCACCACCCAAACUGGUCAUCAGCAUGCCAUAGCAUAUGUUGAAGGGGAGAAAUAUUACGGAGCAAAAGCAACCAUUAAUGUCUGGGAGCCGAAAAUACAACAGCCCAAUGAAUUCAGCUUGUCUCAGAUUUGGAUCUUGGGUGGUUCUUUUGGCCAGGAUCUUAACAGCAUUGAAGCUGGCUGGCAGGUCAGCCCGGAUCUCUAUGGUGACAACAACACAAGGCUCUUCACUUAUUGGACUAGUGAUGCAUAUCAAGCAACGGGGUGCUACAAUCUGUUGUGCUCGGGAUUUAUUCAAGUCAACAGUGAUAUAGCAAUGGGUGCAAGCAUCUCCCCUGUUUCUGCAUAUAGGAAUUCACAAUAUGAUAUUAGCAUUCUCAUUUGGAAGGAUCCAAAAGAAGGUCACUGGUGGAUGCAAUUUGGGAAGGAGUAUGUGUUGGGGUAUUGGCCAUCUUUCUUGUUCUCGUACUUGGGCGAGAGUGCCUCGAUGAUCGAGUGGGGUGGUGAGGUCGUCAACUCGGAGCCUAACGGACAACACACCUCCACUCAAAUGGGAAGUGGCCGCUUUCCAGAAGAAGGUUUCGGAAAAUCGAGCUAUUUCCGAAACAUUCAAGUGGUCGACGCCUCGAACAACCUCAAGUCCCCAAAAGGGCUUGGGACCUACACAGAGCAAUCCAACUGCUAUGAUAUCCAAACAGGGUAUAAUGAUGAAUGGGGGAGCUUCUUUUACUAUGGUGGCCCUGGUCAAAACUCUAAUUGCCAAUAA